CUACUAAAAGAUGUCGCAGGAGAAGAGCUUCCUGGUCAUGGGAGAUCCAUACUCCAAUCCCCCGUACCCAGCAGGACAAGCUCCCCCUCCACCGCCAGUGUAUGGGCACCCUCCUUACCCUAAUACCACCCCCUAUCCUACAACUGCCCCUUCCAUGUACCCUGGUGAGGUCCCAUACCCCAAUGCUGUUCCCUACCCUACUCACCCACCCAUGGGUCAACCUCCAUACCCUCCAGCAUACAACCAAGGGCCCUAUCCCAGCCAGCCAUACCAGCAUCCUCCUUAUGUGCAGGCCGGAUACCCAUCAGAGCAAAGUGAUUUUGGCUCCCCUAUUCACAGUACUACCUACCAUGAGGAGGGACCCCCCUCUUAUUGUGACAACCCGGACUUCCCCACCAGCCACUGGGAUGAUAAAAGUAUUCGCAGAGCUUUUAUCCGGAAGGUGAAUGUCAUGUGA